AUGGUGAGCAGCGUGUUGUGCCGCUGCGUGGUCCCGCCGCCGGACGCCGCCGCCGCGUCGGCCUCGUCGCCCGCCUCCGUGGGGGACCCGUGCGGCGGCGCCGUCUGCGGGGGCCCGGACCACCGGCUGCGCCUCUGGAGCCUCUUCCAGGCGCUCGACGUCAACCGCGACGGCGGCCUCUGUGUCAACGACCUGGCCGUGGGGCUGCGGCGCCUGGGACUGCACCGCACGGAGGGCGAGCUCCGGAAAAUUGUACAAGCUGGCGAUAAGGACCUGGAUGGGCAGCUCGACUUUGAGGAGUUUGUGCAUUAUCUCCAGGAUCACGAGAAGAAACUGAGGCUGGUGUUUAAGAGUUUGGACAAGAAGAAUGAUGGACGAAUCGAUGCUCAGGAGAUUAUGCAGUCCCUGCGGGACCUGGGGGUCAAGAUUUCAGAACAGCAGGCAGAAAAAAUCCUCAAGAGCAUGGAUAAGAACGGCACGAUGACCAUCGACUGGACCGAGUGGCGAGACUACCACCUCCUGCACCCCGUGGAGAACAUCCCCGAGAUCAUCCUGUACUGGAAGCAUUCCACGAUCUUUGAUGUGGGGGAGAAUCUGACCGUCCCUGAUGAGUUCACUGUGGAGGAGAGGCAGACAGGGAUGUGGUGGAGACACUUGGUGGCUGGAGGCGGGGCAGGGGCCGUGUCCAGAACCUGCACGGCCCCCCUGGACCGGCUCAAGGUGCUCAUGCAGGUCCACGCCUCCCGCAGCAACAACAUGUGUAUUGUGGGCGGCUUCACCCAGAUGAUCCGCGAGGGCGGCGCCAAAUCACUCUGGCGGGGCAACGGCAUCAACGUCCUCAAAAUUGCCCCCGAGUCCGCUAUCAAAUUCAUGGCCUACGAGCAGAUCAAGCGUCUCGUUGGGAGUGACCAGGAGACUCUGCGGAUUCAUGAGAGGCUCGUGGCAGGGUCCUUGGCGGGGGCCAUCGCCCAGAGCAGCAUCUACCCCAUGGAGGUUCUGAAGACCCGGAUGGCCUUGCGGAAGACAGGCCAGUACUCGGGCAUGCUGGACUGUGCCAGGAAGAUCCUGGCCAGAGAAGGGGUGACCGCCUUCUACAAAGGCUAUGUCCCCAACAUGCUGGGCAUCAUCCCCUAUGCUGGGAUAGACCUCGCCGUCUAUGAGACGCUCAAGAAUGCCUGGCUGCAGCGCUACGCCGUGAACAGCGCCGACCCUGGCGUGUUUGUGCUCCUGGCCUGUGGCACCAUGUCCAGCACCUGUGGCCAGCUGGCCAGCUACCCUCUGGCCCUGGUCAGAACUCGGAUGCAGGCCCAAGCCUCCAUUGAGGGUGCCCCAGAGGUGACCAUGAGCAGUCUCUUCAAGCAGAUCCUGCGGACCGAGGGGGCCUUUGGCCUGUACCGGGGUCUGGCCCCCAACUUCAUGAAGGUGAUCCCCGCCGUGAGCAUCAGCUACGUGGUGUAUGAGAACCUGAAGAUCACGCUGGGCGUGCAGUCGCGGUGACGGGAGGGGGCAGGGGCCUUGCCCCGCGGACUCGCUGAUCCUGGGCACAGCCCGGGGUGUGUAGCCGUCUCAUUCUGUGAAUGCCGACACUAAGCCGACGGAAGCCAAGCUGUGCAAAGCCUGGCCCCACCUGCGAAGGGAGAGCACUGGCAGGCCCACUGGGUGUGUCCUGCUGACCCUGCCACCCCUCGUGUGCAUUCCAGGGACGACCUGUGGGUCCUCCUCGGGGCCGAGGCUCAACAGGACACGGCUCUCCCGUGGACGGGGUGCUUCCCCCAGGGCCCGCUGGACGGCAGGGCUGGGAGGCAGGCUUCUCCGGCCUUCCAUCCUUGCAGCUCCACCAUCGGCCGCAGACCCCACCCCAGCCUGCGAGCGCCUUCCCCCUGCCCACUUGGCUUCCUUCCUGGCUGCCGUUUUAAUCUGGUGGGAAGAGGGCACGGCUGGCCUCCUCCCUGUGCUCCUGGCUCCACUCUCCUCAAGCCGCAGGGAAAGAUGUUCCACCUGACCUCACCACCCCGGCUUCCCGACCCACGGCCUGGUGCAGGACAGGGUGGGUCUGGCUUUGUGCUCGCUCUCAGCGGAGCGCACCAGCAGACGGGCAUCUGGAUGUGCGCGCAUGCGGGGUUGCAUGGCUUCACAGAGGCUGGUGCUGGGCCCUGGCGCCCCAGGACCUCUGCUCCCCGCUGCUGGGGGUGUCGGGGCGCUCUCUGCUGGAUUCGGUGAGGAAGGCAUCAGCUCACCACUUCCUGUCCCCUCUGGGCCGCCAGGACAGUCGGGCACCCGCCUGGCAGGCUGGCAGCUUCUGCCCGCCUGGCGAGAGAAGGUGUAAAGGGCUUGAUCAUGUGCUGUUGGGAAAAGGGUUUUGUUCAGAAAGACGCUGGGCAGCUGUGCAGGGUCUGUGCUUCCAGAGGGAAGACAAGGCAGUGGGUAGCUUGGCGGACUGUAGCAAGGUCUGCUGGGGACGCCCCUGGGGGUUUGUGUCCAGUCCCAGCUGGGGCCGAGUGGGACCAGCCCCACAUUCCACUGACGUUGCGGUGUGCUCGCCGCACUGCUUGUGAGGAGCCUAUUUAUUUUGUAUUUAUUUGAACAGAGUUAUGUCCUAACUAUUUUUAUAGAUUUGUUUCAUUAAUAGCCUGUCAUUUUCAAGUUCAUUUUUUAUUCAUAUUUAUGUUCCUGAUGGGUUGCACCUUCCCAGUGCUGGCAAGGUAGGGUGGGGAGAGGAACGGGGGGCGUGGGGGGUCCCUCCCACUGCUGCCCACUCUGACGUCAGGUCACAUCUGUCCAAAGAAAUUCCUCUGGAGCUGGUGACAAGAAAGGCAAGGAGGGGUAGGGCCUGAGCGCGGAGAGCAGCAUCCUUUGGCAGGUGGGGGCAGAGGCCGCCCCGGGAAGCCAUGGGGUCUGAGGGUGGGUCGGGGUGGGUGAAUGGGAGAAAUCCCAACAGCGCUGAAGGUGAAAGUCCAAAUCAUUUUUUGGACUGGGAGGAUUUCUUUAUUUCCCCCUUUUUGGCUGACAGGGCAGCGGGGUGCCUAUCACUGUGAGUUUGUGCGUGGGGCAGAGGAGCGGGUGGCCAGCCCCCCGCCCUGCCUGUGAAGUGGGCGCCCUCCCUCCAGCUGCCUCUGCGCCACAAGCUGGUCAGCGCCACUGCCGAUGCCGCACGCGCCAGAAUAGCCAGAUGAGGACGAGCUGAGUAGGACGCAAAGAUCAAUGCAAAAAUUAUCUUUAUAUAUAAAUAGAGUAUAUCUGGAAUUUGUGAAUGCAAAUUAAGAAAGACUUGGAAGUUGUCAUUUAAAGCCGCCUUCUAAUAAAGUUGUUUCAAAGCUGAAGAUGCGUCCGCGGCUCUUCUGAUCUGGGCUUGGGCGGUGCAGGUAUUGAUGUGUGAGAAAGCCAAUGUGUAGCCCCCUUGGGCAGCUUCUCCCCUUGAGUUCCUCGGGGGUGCCCCUCUUUAGAACAGGUGUUGGUUGGAUGUGGGGUGCUGAGGACCCAUGCCUCUGAGCUGCUGAGUCAGGGUCGGGCCCUUCCAGCCCCUGUUGACUCAGACACCGUGGCUUCUCUCCACUUCCCUGGCUGUGCCUCCCGGCUUCUGUCAGUUCCGGUCAUCUUCUGAUGAGGGCAGGCCCCCCUUGGCACAGUCCUUGCUUUCUACCUGACUCCCCAGGAAAGGGCAUGACCUUGGGGGGGCAGGGAAUGUGUUACUGGGUUUUUUCCAGCAUCUAAGACAGUGCCUAGUGACUUCAAAUAAAGUCAGGGGGCAUCUCCCUGGGCUAAAGCCAAGUUGCUCUCAGGCUCAAAAACACAUUUGUUAUUUAACUGUCCACACUCUAGGCUCCGAUGGCCCAGGCACCUGAUAGGCUGGGGUGAAGCAGCAAGUGUGCCCACAUGCAAAGCUGGCAUAGACACUUGUACUAGGUUAAAAGUGCCCUCCGCCCCAAAACUCAUGUCCACCAGGAAGCUCAGAAUGUCACUUUGCUUGGAAAUAGUUUUUGUAGAUGUGAUCCAUUAAGAUCAGGUUUAGGCUGGGCACUAAGGCCAACAACUGGUGUCUUUAUACAAUUAUACAAUGGAAACUGGACACAGACACGCAUGGGACAGAGACCCAGAGAACACCCAAGGGGGGCAGAGCUGCAGCUGCAGAUCCCCAUGGUUACAGGCAGCUGCCAAGAGGGAGGAACAGACCCUCCAGAAGGGGCCGGCCCACCAAGGUCAAAUCUUUGACCUGAGCUGAGACGAGUUUCUGUUUUUAGUCACCCCAGACUGUUGUCAUUUGCUCCCGGAGAAGCAGGCCACCUGCAUCAGAUGCCUCUCGUGGGGGGACAGGCAGAAGCCAUUUCUCAACCACUGGCUCUUGGCCAAUUGGUCCCCUCACUUCAAACCUGCUGCCUCCAGCCCGGAGGCCACAGAGAACCUGGGUGCCCUCCUCUUCCAGGUCAGUGUGCAGCCUGGGGCCUUGCCAAGUAGGCCUUUUUCUUCAUCCCUCCUUUCCAUCUUUAGUCCAGUGUCACCUUUCAGAGGCUUCCCUGCCACCCUAUUUAAAAUGGCAGCCUGUUCCCCCCACCGACCCAGCCUUCCCUGACACGCUGACCGUCCACUCUACCGAGCUUCCUCCGUGUGGAUGUAAGUCCACGAGGAUGGGGGUGGGGCAGGGCUUUCUUCACAUGCUUGCCGGGAGAGCAGGCCCCUCGGGUGCUUAUUUAGGAGGUACUAGCUGGAGGAGGCCCAGCAAAUGUGCCGGAGUGUGGUCAGCAGAAUCAGCAUCAGGCCCCUCCUAAUUCCCAAAACCUGUGGCCAGGUGAUGUGACGAAGGGAACUCAAGGUGGUUCAUCUGACCUCAAAAUGGGGAGCUCAACUGCACCAUCCAGGUGGGCCGGGAGAGCCAGAGAGAUGGCCCCAGGGCACUGGUGGCACCUCCAGAAGCCGUAAGAGGCCUGGACCAGUCCUGAGAGCAACUUGGCUUUAGCCCAGAGAGAUGCCCCCUGACUUUAUUUGAAGUCAAGUUAAAUUAGAACAUCACGGUUUCAGGCGCUCACUGUGGAGAAUGAGUAUGGGCAUCAGCUGCGUGAGGGUCACUGCUAAGCAUCCCAUUUCAUGCUCAACAGGACCGGCUGCAGGUGGAAGCAAACAAGCGUCUUCAAACCGCCAUGAGAUGGCAAAUCUCAUGCCUUCUCUUGGCAGGAGAGCGGCCUUGGUCAUGUUUGUGGCCAGAUGGUGCUUGGGUGGGGCCAGGGAAUCAUGGAGGAGGGUAAGAAGCAGGCCCGGGGGCCCCGGCCUCGCCUCAGACCCAACUAGAUGGGCCCUGGCCAGAAGCCUCAGCGGAGCCUGGGCAGGGGCAGGAGUUGC